ACCUGCUUCCCUCCAGAGUCGGAUUUCCACAAAGACUCACAUCCCUGCAUGGACUGUUUCUUCACCUUUUGGACUCUGUUUUCCCCCUUCCUGGAUUUCCCCCACCUGGACUCAGUACUCUCCCUGGAUUCUUGCCUCGGCCAGCUUGUCCUCUAUCCAGCCCCAUCCCAGCUUUCAUUCUGUUUCUGGACUCCCUGACCCUGCUUCCUUGUCAGUUUUUGUUCCCCUUUUUACAGCAGGUGAAAGGCAACACUGGCUGCGGAUGAGGAAGUGCGUCUUGUCAGCUUUCCCUCCUGAGGAGGAGUUUUAAGUGGCAGAAAAUAAAGAGCUUCCCUGAGCCACAGAUCACUCGUGAAGAGAAGAAGCCGCAUACCUGUUGUUCACAUCAGCAAAAGGGAUGGCAUACAGAGGCAGUGUUAGACCUUACGUCAACUUCAACGCCAAACACGAUGCUGAAGUUCUACACAAGGCCAUGAAAGGAAUCGGUACGGAUGAAGACACAAUCCUCAUGCUUCUGACGGCACGCAGCAACGAUCAACGGCAGCAAAUUAAGGCAGCGUACAAGAAGGCAUAUGGAAAGGACUUAGUCAGUGCACUGAAAUCUGAACUCGGUGGCCUUUUUGAGAGUCUGAUUGUGGCCUUGAUGACCCCGCCUGUCUCAUAUGAUGCUUCUAAGCUGCACAAGGCUCUCAAGGGCGCUGGAACUGAUGAUGAAGUGCUGAUUGAGAUCCUGGCGUCCAGGACUGGCGAGCAGAUUAAAGACAUCAUUAAAGUGUACAAGAAAGAGUUCGGUGGCAAGCUGGAGAAAGAUAUCUGCGGUGACACCUCAGGGCAUUAUCAGAAACUGCUGGUGAUCCUGCUGCAGGGGAACAGGGAGGAGGGAGUAGAUGAAGAAAAGACUGAGAAAGAUGCUAAGGACUUGUAUGCUGCCGGUGAGGGCAAGUUUGGCACAGACGAGGAAAAAUUCAUCACAAUUCUUGGCAACAGGAGCGCAGAGCAUCUCAGAAAAGUAUUUGAUGCCUACAAGAAGCUCUCUGGCUCUGAUAUAGAGGACAGCAUUGAAGGCGAGACCACUGGGAAUUUGGAGAACUUGCUGGUAGCUGUUGUGAAGUGUGCCAGGAGUGUCCCACAGUUUUUUGCCGAGGGUCUAUAUAAAUCUAUGAGGCGAGCUGGUACUGAUGACGACACCCUGAUGAGGAUAAUGGUGUCCAGGUCUGAGGUGGACAUGUUGGACAUCAGAGCCAGCUUCAAAAAGAUGUACGGAGUAUCUCUCUAUAGCACCAUCCAGGAGGACACAACUGGAGACUACCAGAAGGCUUUACUCUACCUCUGUGGUGGGAAUGAUUAAUGCUGCGUUAUGAUGUGUUCAGCAGCACUGAGUGAUGAGUCACUGUGGUGCCACAAGAUGAAGCUAUACACAUGGGAUGAGGAUAUUGAUCCAGAGUUGUACUCCUUCUUUCUGACUUUGGCGUGCUGUUGAUAAGAUUAGUAUGAAUUACCCGCCUGUCUUUCUGACUUCUGACAGUAUCUGCAACAUAAAUAUCAGUAACAGUGUGCUCACUUAGAAGUUAUUAUGUUUUUGUUUAAUGCCAGACAUAAAUUAAGCACCAAACAGCUUGAAUACAGUAUUUAGUGAAGAUGUGGUUUAGAUGUUAAUAUAGAGAACAAUGUGAUCUGUGUCUGAAAUAAUGAAAUAAAAACAUAUUCAAAACCUUUCA